AUGCUAGAGCACAAAUACGGUGGUCACCUGGUAUCUCGCAGGGCAGCCUGCACCAUCCAGACUGCUUUCCGGCAGUACCAGCUCAGCAAGAACUUUGAGAAGAUCCGCAACUCACUGCUAGAGAGCCGCAUGCCCCGCCGCAUCUCUCUGAGAAAAGUGCGAGUCCAGAACUCAGAGAGCUUCUCCACUGAGAAAGCCCUGGUGGAGGGGUACAACUUUGUGGGCAUCCCAUUGGUGAGGUCCCCAUCUUUGCCAGCCACCAUCAGUGGGGCGCUGACCGAGCUGGAGGACUCCUUCACAGAACAAGUUCAGUCCCUUGCCAAGUCGAUUGAUGAUGCCCUCAGCACCUGGAGCCUGAAGACCAUGUGCUCACUGCAAGAUGGAGGCUCAUACCAGAUAAGGGAGACCUUCAGUGCUAGCUCAAUGCAGCCAGACCAAGGCUUAGAAGCUGAGCUGCAGGAUAAAGAAAAGGAGGAAGGAGUCCUGCCAGAUACCCUACCCAAGAGCAGCAGCACCCUCAUGAUGGCUUUCCGAGAUGUCACAGUCCAGAUUGACAACAAGAACAUCAGUGUCUCGUCAUCUACCUCAGUGUCCAUGGCAAACUGCCUCAGCGGCAAUGCCCAGGCUGGCCUCUCGCAAGCUACCAAGGCUGAAGAAGGCCCGGGAGAAGGAGAGGGAGAAGCUAGUGAACCACUGGCUGCCCCAGAGAGCUUGCCUGACAGUGCUGAGCCUGGGCAGAUGGCAGUGCAGAAGCUCCAGUUUGAUGCUAGCAAUGAGACGGGGCAAAGCAAGGGCUCUGAGUCUGAGAAUGCAGACAACUCAGAGCAGCUGAGUAGCAGCAGCACUUCCACUUCAGCCAAGUCAGCCUCUGAGGUGUCAUCGAAAGAAGCACUGCAGGCCAUGAUCCUUAGCCUCCCGAGGUACCACUGCGAGAACCCAGCUAGCUGCAAGUCCCCCACACUUUCUACAGACACCAUGAGGAAGCGCCUCUACCGCAUUGGGCUGAACCUCUUCAAUAUAAACCCAGACAAAGGCAUCCAGUUCCUGAUCUCCCGAGGCUUCAUCCCAGACACCCCCAUCGGGGUGGCACACUUCUUGCUCCAGCGGAAGGGUCUCAGCCGUCAGAUGAUCGGGGAAUUCCUGGGCAACAGCAAGAAGCAGUUCAACCGGGACGUUCUGGACUGCGUGGUGGAUGAAAUGGACUUCUCAGGCAUGGAGCUGGAUGAAGCCCUGCGGAAAUUCCAGGCCCACAUCCGUGUGCAGGGGGAGGCACAGAAGGUCGAGCGGCUGAUUGAGGCUUUCAGCCAGAGGUACUGCAUGUGUAACCCAGAUGUGGUCCAGCAAUUUCACAACCCAGACACCAUCUUCAUCUUGGCCUUUGCAAUCAUCCUCCUCAAUACGGACAUGUACAGCCCCAACAUCAAGCCUGACAGGAAGAUGAUGCUGGAGGACUUCAUUCGCAAUCUAAGAGGGGUGGACGACGGUGCUGACAUCCCACGGGAGCUGGUGGUGGGGAUCUACGAGAGGAUCCAGCAGAAAGAGCUAAAAUCCAAUGAGGACCAUGUGACUUAUGUCACUAAAGUGGAGAAGUCCAUAGUUGGAAUGAAAACGGUUCUGUCUGUGCCCCAUCGCCGGCUGGUCUGCUGCAGCCGCUUGUAUGAAGUGACUGAUGUGAACAAAGUGCAGAAGCAGGCAGCUCACCAGAGGGAAGUUUUUCUCUUCAAUGACCUUCUGGUGAUCCUCAAGCUUUGCCCCAAGAAGAAAAGUUCCUCAACAUACACAUUUUGCAAGUCGGUCGGCCUGCUAGGGAUGCAGUUCCAUCUCUUUGAGAAUGAAUAUUACCCCCACGGCAUCACACUGGUGACUCCAGUUUCUGGCUCAGAGAAGAAACAGGUACUACACUUCUGUGCUCUGGGUGCUGACGAAAUGCAGAAGUUUGUGGAAGAUUUGAAAGAGUCAAUAGCAGAAGUGACAGAGCUGGAGCAGAUACGAAUUGAAUGGGAGCUGGAGAAACAGCAGGGGACAAAGACUCUCUCAUUGAGGAGCAAUGGAGCCCAGGUGGAACUGCAGUCUAAGCAAGGCUCUCCAACAGGGAAGAAGGAUUUGGGGGAGAAGGUCUCGGACAGCACAGUGGAGGUUUUAAUCAAUGCCUCCCCAGCCAGACUGACAAUUUUACCAAUUUCCAGAGAUACAAUUAAAAGUUACUGCUAG